AUGUCACCCGAGCUCUCCAAGUCGUACCAGCGUGAGCUCGCCAACGCCAGCCGGGGCUUUGUCGCGCCUUUAGUUCCGGGCGUCAUCAAAGACGCGACAGGCAAGACCGUAUGGGACAUCGACAGCUAUGGUUUCCUCAACUCUGAGGGAAAAUGCCCACCCACGGUAAACGAGAAGUUGUGGCGGCAGGGCCAGCUGACCGCCAAGCAAGGUCUGUUCGAGGUUGUGCCGGGGAUCUACCAGAUCCGAUCGCUGGACAUCUCCAACAUGACCAUCAUUGAGGGCGACAGCGGUAUCAUUGUGGUGGAUCCACUGGUCUCCUGUGAGCCCGCAGCAGCCGGGCUGGAGCUUUACCGUCAACAUCGCGAUACGGAGCGGAGGAGGAGAGUGGCAGGGCUGGUCUACACUCACUCGCACACCGACCACUUCGGCGGCGCGGGCGGCAUCCUGGACACGACGGGUAGUGGGACCGGCGCAACGGAUGUGCCGAUUAUCGCGCCACAGGGAUUCAUGGAGGCUGUCAUGAGCGAAAACCUCGUCGCUGGUCCGUCGAUGCACAAACGCUCCGUCUAUAUGUACGGCAUGGCUCUUCCAAAGGGGCCGGAUGGGCACGUGGGUAAUGGUCUAGGCAUGGCUAGCAGCACAGGGACACGCUCGCUGAUACCCCCGAACACCCACAUUGAGAGGACCGGCGAUGAGCUCGUCAUUGAUGGUGUGCGGAUGGUCUUCCACGUAGUGCCCGACACCGAAGCCCCGGCCGAAAUGAACGUGUAUUUCCCUGACUUCAGGGCCCUGCUUAUCGCGGAGACGGCGACGGUCUCGAUGCACAACAUCACCACGCUACGCGGCGCCCAAGUCCGCGAUUCCAAGGCGUGGGCGAGAUCACUGGACGAAGCUAUUGUGCUCUUUGGGAAUGCCUCGGACGUCCUUCUCGGCAGCCACCACUGGCCGACCUGGGGCCAACGCGACCUUGUUGCUAGGCUGGCAGAACAGCGCGACUUGUACCGCUACCUACACGACCAGACAGUGAGGCUGAUGAAUUUAGGCCUGACAGGCACUGAGAUCGCGGAGCAGCUGAAGCUGCCACCCAGUCUAGAGAAUUCGUGGCAUUGUCAGGGAUUCUAUGGGAGCGUGAGCCAUAACGUCAAAGGAAUCUAUCAGAGAUACAUGACGUGGUUCGAUGGCAACCCCGCAAGCUUGUGGAAGCACACUCCUGCAGCUGAAGGCGCGCGAUACGUUGAGUGUAUUGGUGGACUGAACCCUCUCUGCGACAAGGCUGAGGCAUACACAAGAAAGGGCGACCUGCGCUUUGCAGCGACACUGCUCAGCCAUGCGGUAUCUGCAUUUCCCGACCAUCAAAGGGCGAGGUCGCUUCUUGCCAAUGCAUACGAGCAUCUCGCUUACGGAGCGGAGAAUGGCCCUUGGCGGAACUUCUAUUUGACAGAGGCACAGGGCUUGCGGAACGGAACAAGGCCAGGUGAGAGUCAGCUUGGCCGAAGCCCUCUUGCUGAUACGUUGACAGUGGAGCAAUGGUUCGACAUUUUGUCUGUCCAGGUAGACAGUCAGAAAGCGUCAAAUAGCCGCUUCGUGAUCGAGAUUCUUGUCACGGACAUCAAGGAGACCUGGAGGCUGGUUUUCAGCAACGGUGUGCUCAACUACCGCCGGCAGAAGGAAGAAGGCGUGGUCGAUGAGAGACCCAGCCUGAAGAUAGAGAUUCCAAAAUCCGGAUUGUUGGAUGUUCUGCAAGGUGGGAAUAUCGAUACAGUGCCAGAAGCAAAAUAUCAUGGCGACGUGGAGGUCCUCGAUACACUCCUUGACAUCAUCUCGGACCAGAUGUCAAACAAGGACAAAAAUAUUUCAGCUGAGGCAUGCCUUGUCAUCGAACUCGAUUUCACAAGAUUGUAG